AUGAGUACAGUAUCUUGUCAUACCAAUAAUGAUUGUGACUUUAACUUUCACUGCUCAAAUAAAGUAUGUGUUUACAACGAUCUUUGGCCACCUUCUGCAUUCCAAGUUAUAGUGUAUAUACUUAUUCCUUUUAUUAUAGGUGUUAGUAAUGUAGGAGGCCUGGGAGGUGGUAUUAUUAAAGUACCUUUAAUUACGGUUAUGCUGAACUAUCCAUCAAAGGUAGCUACCUUCAUUUCAUAUUGCAUUUUGUUUGGAAGCAGUGUUGUCCAUUCAACCAUCAUCAUCUUCAAGAAACACCCACUCUUUAACAAACCUAUUAUAGACUAUAAUAUAGUGUUAGUUAUUAAUCCAAUGGUUCUUUUAGGUACUAAUGCUGGUAUUUUGCUGAACGUUCUAAUGCCUGAAAUAGUUGCAGGUGUAAUCAUAUGUGUCUAUCUUAGUCUCAUAGCACCAUACAUAUUAUUCAAAGCAAUCAGCUUAUAUAAAAUAACUAAAAAGUAAUAACAAUAGAUUGAACCUGAAGCAAAAGCCUUAGAAACAGUAGAGAGAAAAAAUGAAGGAGAAGUAUAAGUGUUUGAAAUGAACGUUAACGAUAUUCAAAAAAUGAACGGAGAUCCAAUCAAUACCGUUUAAGACUAGAGAAUUUUAAUCACAUCAAAUCCUAUCCUGAAAGAAUAAGUGUCUGAUAAAACAGGAACAAAUACCAUUCUUCCAAUAUAAAUAACUCCUUUAUCUCCCAGUAUCUAAAAAAUGGAAAGCGCAGCUUAACUAGAAGACUAACUUUUAAUGUAAAGAGUAAAUUCUUACUACGUUCCUCAAGAGCCUCCUAAAGAUAAGACAAAAAGAGGAUCAAUAAUAGUAAGUUAAAAUUCCUUGAAAGAGACCCCAGAAGAACCCAAAUAGGAAUAAAUUAUGACUGAAGAAUUAAAGGCCUUUUAUGAUGAGGAAUACUAAUAAUUCCCAAAAAAAAAAAUUCUUUUAUUAGUGAUAAUUUUUUGCAUAAUUUAAUACAUAGUCUUUUAAAGAGGUGGAAAAGGCUUAUAGAGCUUUGUUGGUAUUAAGACAUGCUCUGCUUCUUAUUGGGUUUCUAAUGGUGCUAUCUUAGUUUUAUGUGUUGCUGCCAUUUUUGUAAUUAGGUAUUAUCUAUUGAAAUGGACAAAAAAUAAAAAUGAAAUAAUUAAGAAAUACAACUUAUAGAAGGAAUUCGAAGGUGACUUUAACGUUCUUAAUAAAACACACUAUUUUGUAGUCUUAUUAGCAGGUUUAGCAGCAGGAUUGGUUGCAGGAACUGUAGGUGUAGGAGCUGGUCUUACCUUAGUGCCACUUUUACUAUCAAUCGGAGUUCAUCCUUAAGUUGUAGCUGCUACUUGUGGAUUCAACUACUUAUUUAUUGCUACUACUACAAUUAUUUAGGUUUUCACAAGUCAUUAUUUAAGUUAUGCCUAAAUUGUAUUAUUUUCUCUUCUCUCUUUUGUUGGUGGAUUUAUUAUUGCAAAGUGUAUCUAUAAUUAUGUUGAAAAAAGAAAAAAUGGAUACGCAUUAGUCUUCAUCGUAUUUGGUCUUUGUAUAUUAAGUAUAGUAACAAUGAUGAUCUAUCUAAUAAGAAAGGAUAUUUUAUAUGGAUAUAAGAGUCUUAUUUAAUAAACACCUUUCUGCCAAGCAUAAUGA